ACUCUCUCCUGUGAUCUCAGUCUGCUCACACACACACACACACACACCUGUAUCCCUGUGAAGAAGCAUGGCUGUGUACGAGGAGGCCGGCAGGCCCACAUGGAGCCGGCAGAUCGAGUUCACUCUGGCUGGGAUCGGCUGUGCGGUGGGACUGGGAAACAUCUGGAGGUUCCCGUAUCUGUGCUAUAGGAGCGGUGGAGGUGCGUUCCUGGUGCCGUACCUGCUGAUGCUGGUGGUGUUGGGGAUCCCACUGCUGCACAUGGAGCUGACACUGGGCCAGUACCUGCGGAGGGGACCCGUCCUGGCCCUCGCCAAAGCCUGUCCGCUGCUGAAAGGUGUCGGCAUGGCAACGGUGGCCAUCUCUUUCAUCAUGUGCACAUACUAUAAUGUCAUCAUCACGUGGGCUAUGUACUACAUGUUCAGCUCGUUUCGAAGCGAGCUGCUUUGGGAAAACUGCAACAACACCUGGAACACGGCAAACUGCUCGGACCGGGUGAGCAACAGCUCCUCGUCCUCCACCGCCAGCCAGGAGUUCUUCAAUUUUAAGGUGCUGGAGAGGACCAGUGGUGUGGAGGAGACGGGUAUCUUGAGAUGGGAGCUCUUCCUCCUGCUUCUGCUGGCCUGGAUCCUCGUCUACCUCUGCAUCUUUAAAGGGGUCAAAUCCACCGGGAAGGUUGUGUACUUCACCGCUCUGUUUCCAUACGUGAUCCUCCUGGCUCUGCUGAUCAAUAACGUGCAGCUUCCGGGAGCCAUCGACGGCAUCCGCUUCUUCAUCAUCCCCGAGUGGGACAAGCUCCUCAAUGUGGAGGUGUGGAUUAAUGCGGCGGCUCAGAUCUUUAACUCUAUAGGGAUCGGCUUCGGCUCGCUGAUGGCCAUGUCCAGCUACAACAACUUCAACAACAAUAUCCUCAAAGAUACUCUGGCCAUCUCCAUCACAAACUCCUUGACUAGUAUUCUCGCUGGAUUUGUCAUUUUUUCUGCGUUCGGCUACAUGUCUCAUCUGCAGAAUGUGCCCGUCAGUGAAAUCGCAGUGGACGGUCCAGGUCUGGUGUUCGUGGUUUACCCACAAGCCUUUGUGACGAUGCCCGUCGCUCCUCUGUGGGCCGUUCUCUUCUUCUUCAUGUUACUCUGCCUCGGCCUCGACAGUCAGUUUGCUAUGGUGGAGGUGAUGGUGACCAGUCUGUUGGACAGUUACAGUAAACCCAUCCUGAAGUACCUCAAACGCAAGGAGUUCGUUGUGCUCAUCGUCUGCGGUGCGGCGUUCCUCAUGGGCAUCCCCAAUGUCAUGCAGGUCGGGAUUUACGUGUUCCAGCUGAUGGAUCAUUACACAGCGAUCGUGUCCAUCAUGUUCCUGGCGUUCUUUGAAGUGAUUGGUGUUUGUUGGAUCUAUGGUGUGAAUCGUCUGUCCAGUAAUUUAAUCGAGAUGACGGGAAACAAACCCAACAUUUUCUUCAGGGUGUGCUGGUGGGUCAUCUGCCCGGUUCUGAUAACCGUGAUCCUGGUGUUCUCCGUGAUCCAGUUUAAACCCGCUCGAUACGAGGAUUACGUGUACCCGCCGUGGGCUCAGGCUGUCGGCUGGAUCAUCGCUCUGGCGUCCAUCAUUUGGAUCCCUCUAGCGGCCGCUCACACACUCUGGGUUCUGCCCGGGUCCUUCGCUCAGAAACUAAAACAGUCGGUCACCCCGUUCUCUCUGGACGAGGACUCCGAGAGCCCGUAUUACCAGGAGAAAGGAGCCGUUCUGGAGGUGAUCCCCAACAUCGCCAUCAUCAGCUCUGAAAAGAAAACAUCCAUCUAGACUAACUUAUGAACUUAUUAAACCUGACACUGGAUCACUGGAUCACAACAAGACUGAUCAAAUCCAGUCAACUGGAAACCAUGAAGAUCUGUCUGACAUAUCAGCCGAAAUAUUUAUCUCCACUAUGAUAGAGCCCAUUUUGUACUUAGAACUGAAUCUCCUGAAAAGACUGAAGUAGAAACAAGCGAUUUAAAAUAACACAAUCAUCAUUAAACAGCAUAUCAAUCAAAAACUGUAUAAUGAAAUCAUCGUUAUGAAUGUCCAGACAGAAACGUGAUUUUCUCAGCUUUUAGUUGGAAAUUUUGCUUUUUUAUGAAACUUAUCCACAA